CCGGUUAACCUCGCUAACAAGUGCUAGCUAACUAGACGUUAGCUUAGCAUGAGCCAUCUGCUUCGUUGGAAACAGUUGGGACGGCCAUGUCUGAAAUAAAAACGAGCAAAACGGCCGGUUUUCUGUUAUUAAAACUGUGCGUUAAAACUAGAAGGACUAGUAUUUAUUUAAAUAACCGGCGUUCCUGCUGUUUAAGCGAUUAAUGAUUAUAUAUAACUUCAUUUCUCUCUGUUGCUGUCACCCAACUGUCACCAACCGCGAACCCGCCUCCCGCGCAUCAGCCAAUGGAAUGGCUGAAACCUUUGACUGACGUAGCUCUUAGCCAAUAGCGACCCCCACAACAAAUAUGACGGCUCUCUCUCGUUUCUCCACACAGCGGGCGUCUCUUUCCGGCGCAGUAGGCUGGGAUGCUGAUGCUGAGGAGCCUCUGAUCUGUAGCAUCGUUAAAAUCUCAAUGUUUGUCGACAUGUUGUAUUGUGUGAGGCUGCAGCACUGUGUUGACCUGUGUCUGGGCGGCCUGCUCUUGUUUCUAGCGGGGCUGCAGCAGGUGGAAGCAGCCGCCGCCACGGAGAUGAUGCCCAACCUGAACUGGAAGCCGUUCAUCUACGGAGGGAUGGCCUCGAUUGUCGCAGAAUUCGGUACGUUUCCCAUCGACCUGACUAAGACCCGGCUGCAGGUCCAGGGUCAGUCCCAGUACACGGAGGUGCGCUACAGAGGCAUGUUUCAUGCCCUGUUCAGGAUCGGCAAGGAGGAGGGCAUCCGGGCGCUGUACUCUGGGAUUUCCCCCGCUCUGCUGAGGCAAGCUUCUUACGGAACAAUCAAGAUUGGAACGUACAACUCUCUGAAAAGGCUGUUUGUCAGCCACCCAGAAGAUGAGACGAUGGUCAUCAACGUCUUCUGUGGAGUGGUGUCUGGAGUCCUGUCCUCCUCUCUGGCCAACCCCACCGACGUUCUCAAGAUCAGGAUGCAGGCUCAGGGCAGCCUCCUCCAGGGCAGCAUGAUGUCCAACUUUAUCAACAUCUACCAGACAGAAGGCACCAGAGGGCUGUGGAGGGGCGUCAUUCCCACCGCUCAGCGAGCCGCCAUCGUCGUUGGGGUGGAGCUUCCCGUCUAUGACAUCACAAAGAAGCACCUCCUCCGCUCAGGCCUCAUGGGAGACACCAUUCUGGCACAUUUCAUUUCUAGUUUUACCUGCGGUUUGGCCGGAGCGCUGGCCUCCAACCCCGUAGACGUGGUCCGGACCCGGAUGAUGAACCAGCGGGUUUUGUCUGGCAGCCCCAUGUACAAAGGAACGCUGGACGGAGUGAUGCAGACGUGGAAGAACGAGGGCUUCUUUGCUCUCUAUAAGGGCUUCUGGCCCAACUGGCUGCGACUGGGACCGUGGAACAUCAUCUUCUUCAUCACCUUCGAGCAGCUGAAGAAGCUUCCGUUUUAGCGGCAGCAGGACGUCUGCUGGUCUCAGAUCAGUGGGGUGUGAACACGGCAGCACCAGUAUGAUCACACUCCCUUUACAUCAGCAGUACCAGUCACCUGCCCCGUUCAAAUCUGACUUCUUUAGGUUUUUAAGCGUUCUAUUUAUUGCCACUGUUUGUUUUUUUAAUGCAGUUUGGAGGACGGUUGAUUUUUGUCGCUCUCCGUCACUUUGGUCACUCCGCAGGCAGCUAAAUGUGUGUUUGUAGCAGACAUAUGAAAGCGUGGAAGACUAGAUUUAUUUCAGAUGUUGUCUUUUCUUCUUAACAUUUGCUGGGGAUAAUAAGUCUUGCAGAAUGUCAGUCCACACCUGAAUGACAGCACAGUUUGUGGUAGAAGAAGAAGAAAAGAGUGUGAAAUGUAGAAAGGAAUGAUGCAUUUAAAGGCAUAAACACUGCAUGAAGUGUGCUAGGAAACAAGCUGCUCAGGAUUUAAGUGCUGAAUGUUGAGAGACUGCAUGGAAGAGUCGCUGCAAAAUGAUAAAUCGACUGUUACAAGAAGUCACUGUACAGAGAGGAAAGCAAGAAGAAAUGAGAAACAGUGUGUCUGAAAGAGAGGCGGUCAGAAAAAGUCCCAACAUAAGAACACCUAAAAGAAGUUUAUUUUUCUCUUUAUUAUUUAUUUUUUGUUGAGCCAUAGUGGAGCAGAAGCUCUGAAAAAGUCUGAUAACAAAAGGGAGACAUGCUGUUUUUUCUUAUUUACACGAUCACUCCCACAUGAGGUGUUUUUGUUGUUAGACACGCCUCCAGUCUGACCAUUCGGACGUUGCAGGUCGUGAGAUUUUGCUGCCAUAAAGUCAAUGAAAGCGAUCCAGUAAAUAAUGUAAAUGUGUGUACAGACUCAUUCACACUCAGAGGUGGCUGUAUUUUUUCUUCGUCGUGUCCAGGUGUACAUACGACGUCUGUCUGUGCUACUUUUCCUGUUGUGUUCUCCGUCGUGCCAAAACGUGUUUCCACCGAUGAAUCUGAAGGUUUUCUGUGCAGCUCGUCUUCAGUUUCUGUCAAAAGUCCUUGUAGUUGGAAUGAUUUCAUAAAGGCAGCGUAUGAGAAUCACGUUCUUGAAGCUCCACCCAUAGAAACCAACUAAAUGCUUUAAUGAAUACCUUCUAUUUUAAAUUGUUUAGAGGUCAGUCGGUGCGUUUCAGACAGCUGCCUUCACUGUCUCAGAUUUUCUUCGUAUUUGUUAGUUGGGACCUAAAACAAAUUGAAAUCUUUUUUCAGAUCUGGACAUUUUUAUAAUUUCACCCUCAAAAACACAAAGUCUUAUGUAGAAAGCCACUUCAGUGGUUCAGUAUCUGCAGAAAUACAACUGUGAAAGCGAUGAAAUGUGGCUGGAUCGAAUGACUCCAGCAGAGUCCAGCAUUAUUGACCCAUGAAACUGUUAGAAAAGCACAAAAAUACAGCCUUUGGUCAACAGUUCAUCUCCUUUUACAGCCUCUAACACCAGCAGAAUUUCAUGUUUGGUGGUGUGACAAGGAAAGAUUCCAGGUUUUUUUCCGCUGUUUUUGACAAAAUGGUGAUUGAAUGCCUUCAGCAGAUUCCUUUUUUUUUUUUUUCUUUUUUUGUGUCCUGUCCGGCAACAGAGCAGGCAGAAUGAGGAUCUGGCUGCUGCAUUGUGCCACACAAGUUUGCUUUUCCAAGGGGAGUUCGUAAGUAUAAGACUCCCCUUGAUACUGUUCAGUAAUUUAUUUAGUUUGAAUACUUGUUGAUUAGUUAAAUAUACAUAAGUUUGCCGGACCUGACAGGGGAAAGGUAGGAAGAAAGAAACGAGAAAAGGAGAAAAAAAACAACAACAAGAGGGGAUAGUGAAGAGAAGAGGAAAAGUGCAAGAAUACAAUUAUCUUUCAAUUGAAACCGACACAACAGAUAACAAGCUAGUACACCUUAACAAAGACACACCGGAACGCAUCCUACGGGUUUUGUUAGGAAACACAGCUAGUAAUUAUUCAGAUCAUCUAUGUGAAGCAAACAAACUGAGGAAACAUGUCUUUUGAUAUUCUGGCACCAGGACAAACUUAACUCCCCACAAGACAACAUGGUUGCUAUGUCCACAUGCAGAGUACGGUGCAAUUGUGACUGUGAUCAUGCAACUAUGACCUCUGACCUCCGUGAAGGCCAGAAGCGGGCCCGAGAGCCCACAAGACCCAGGCGAGCCGGCAGCAAUCCCAGAGCAGAGAUCCGAGCCACCAAACCACGAGGACGACCACGGACCGGCCCGGAAGGGGGCAGAGGGAGAACCCGGCCAGGACCUCCAGCGCCCAGCAGGGCCGGGCCCCAGGCGACCAAGAUCGGCGUCCGCCGACCCCGCCAGGGGCCGGAGGCCCAGGGCGGACCCAGCACAGGACCCCGGGCCCCAGGCAUCCAAGAGGCAACCCCCGCCCCCCCAGGCAGAGGGUCAACAUCGCCAGGGGAACCAGCCACCCCAGACGGCCACCCGGCAACCAGGAAACGGGGAUGUGAAGAACCCCAUUACCCUCACCUCCCCUGCACAUGAGUGUUGGUGAGAUCUGUGUUGUUUGCAAUUAAAAUUGGGGGGUAGUAGCUAAGCCAUGCCGGGAUCGCGGUCAACGGGAGGUCCCGCCUACCAAAGCAACCCCGCCCACCUUACACAGCAUGCUGUGUCCCCCAGAUGCAGUGUGUGUUAUCAGUAUUUUGCUGUCUUUAGUGACUAAGUGCAAUUAAAACUUGAGAGGUGAGCCAUCAGAGGGUGUAGCGGAUGGGGCCACUUAGAUGGCCCCCACCACCACACCCAGCAAAAUGAGCACACCUCCCAUAGCCCUACAUGUGUGUGAAAGUGAGCAGAGGAAGUGAGGGGUCCGGGGAUGAGGUCUGUAGGGAAGAAAACUUCCCCCCAGAGGGCGAGCCACUAAGGGCAAUAGGCACCCCCGUUUCCCAGGCGCCCUCCAGCGCAGGACGAGCCAGGAGCAGCCGCCACCAAGACCGGGGCCCACAGCAACCGCAGCCAGAGACCCGCCGACCAAAGAGGCACACAGCCGCCACACACCAAAAGGCGGAAAGGUGAGGGAGGACAGAGGGCAACAGAAGAGCCCAACCCAGGGCCCACCAUCCCCAGGCCCACCGCGGCCGCCCCCCAAGGGCACAAGACCCCUUACACACACACACACACACACACACACACACACACACACACACACACACACACACACACACACACACACACACACACACACACACAUACACCCAAGCCACCCCCCACCCGAAAAUUUAAGAAUUCUUCUACUCUAAGAGGAAGCUGCCAGUGUAAUUGGUUGAGAGUGUAUUUUUUUCCUAUAAUCGAUUUAAGUUGGUGGUAUUCUAAAAAUUUUGUGUUAAUUCCAUGUUGUGAAGUGAGUGUGUGAAAUGACAGAAAGUUACCAUCUUCUAUGAUAUGUUCUGUUUUAUCCCUUGGUUUCUCCAGUGAGUAAAAUGUAUCAUCUUUUUAUUUUGUAGAACGUCAGGGUUAUUCCAGAUUGGAGUAAAUUUACAUGGAAUGACUGAAGACUUACUUAAUUUUAGAAAUUCCCACCAAGCCAUGAAAAACGAGCUGAUAUUAAUGCUUUUGAAACACUGAUGAGAUUUAAUAGUUGUGCUGAUAAAUGGCAAGUCAGAAACAGCUAUGUCCUCACAUAUUGCUUGCUCUACAUCUAACCAUAACUCAUCUACAUUACUAGGUUUUAGCCAUUUGGAAAUAUACUGCAGCUUACUAGCUAGGAAGUAGAGACUGAAGUUAGGUAAAUCCAGUCCACCUCUAUCUUUAGUCUGUUGUAGAGUCUUUAAACUGAUACGUGAUGGUUUGUUUUUCCAAAGAAAUUUGGAUAUAUAUGAGUCCAGUGAUUUAAACCAACAGGAGGAUGGUUUGGAUGGUAUCAUUGAGAAUACAUAGUUAACUUUAGGUAAAACCAUCAUUUUAAUAGUGGCUACUCUCCCCAUGAGUGAUAAAGGUAAGUGCUUCCACCGUAUAAGAUCGUCCUCUAUUGUUUUCAAUAACUGAACAUAAUUUAGUUUUGUAAGUUCUGAUGUCCUGGGAGAGAUAUUUAUGCCUAAAUAUCUGAGGUUUCCAGACUGUAUUGUGAUGUUAGAUAUUCUUGGUAUGUCACAAUUAAUAGGCAUGGCUGUAGUCUUGGACCAGUUGAUAGAAUAAUCAGAUAUCAAUGAAAAUGUAUUAAUAAGGGUGAUUGUCUGGGAGAUAGAUGAUUUGGAGUUAUUUAGGAAAAGUAAUACAUCAUCUGCAUAAAGACUUAUUUUAUGUUCUAUAUUGUUGGCUUGGAUUCCUCUGAUGUCUGUAGGGUUAGGGUUAGCUAACCCUUCAGCAGAUUCCUGAUUUCAGUCACUAAACCCUGAAAAUGGAAAAAAGUGCAGCGUUUUCAGACAAAGUUCCUGUUCGUGUGUUUCUAUGGAUGCAUCCAGAUCUCCUACUACUAAUAGUCUUUGGUCGACAUUUUGCCAACUUUUAAAGCCACAGGUGUAGAAGUUAAUGUAAGUAUAGCGAGGUCUGAGCCAUUUAUCACGUUGUCUUCAUAUUAAAAUUUAAUCAGCUGGAAACUGUUUUUCUGUCUUCAGCUGACUUCAUGGGAGUUUAAUUUCUCAAAAUACUGACAUUUUAAAAUGUCUGCCCAGGUUCUAUGUGAGUAAUAAAAACACAAAGACUUGCAGGUCUGAAAACAACUGAAAUUGUCUAAAUUCAAAUGAAAUAUUUAACAGAACUCAUUGUCUGUCCCCAAAUAACAAAUAGGUGAAUAAAAUCGUUUCCUGGCUUCUGUCUGAUUUGAUGCCGACUGAUCCUCAUAGACGUCCACAGAUCAAAUCUGACCAAUAAUCAGAAUGAAAGCUGCCAAUAAUGUGCACUCUUUCCUCCACUCAACCCACCAAACUUUUUAUUAACAUCAGAAGUUCUAUUUUUUUUAUUACUUUUGGUUUAUUUUAAGAGCUAAAGAUGCUUUUUUUGCUAUAUUUCUGAUUUGUUUGUUCUCCUGGUGAAUGUCUUUCCAUGCUGGAUUUCUUCAUCAGACUCUUUCCUCUACUGAGAAAACUGGUUUAAUAGAAAGGAUGCUCAGAUUUAACAGCUUCAGCAUCGAUUGUUUCUGUUUUCGGUCUUUGCUGCUGUUUAUCAUCUUGGUCUCGUUCACCUGUUCGUCUGUCAUCGUGUCCUUUGGCCAAUCACAGCCGCAGAUAUCUGACUAACUGCCUUUUCUGUAUAUUUUUCGGUUUAUUGCAGGCUGACUAAAUCCAAAUUUUGAUGUCACUAACAGUGACGUGUAUUUCCAAGGAGAUGUUGGUUUGUGGUUAGUUGUGGUUAGAUGUUUCAGCUCAGUUCAGUCCGUCAUCAACACAUUAAAAAUGCAACGACGAAAACCAAAGUUUGAAGUGUGCAGGUUUUAUUAUUUGAUUGCUUGGACUUUAGGCUCUGAGUUGUUGUUGGAGUCCUGAGGACAUCAUGUUCUGACUUUAGUGGUGUCCUGAGAACGUUGAUCAGUUCCAGCUUUACAUCCAUCUCCUGCUGCUCCUCGUACUGACCGUUCUCAUGUUGCUUUUCUAUUCAAAUCAAAUAGAAAUAACCCUAACCCAUGUGGAAGGUUGUAUUAGUUUCAGGUGUGAGGAGAAGUGAUGGUUACCUCAGAUUUCAUGCGUUUCUGAGCCAGUUAGACCUUCUGAAGACAGCCUGGUAUAAAGUACCCAGACUCUGCUAGAGUCUGCUCAUCAUUUACCUUCUAAUAAACCGAGGAACUCCCGUUAGGUUUCUAUGUGGAGUUUGGCUAGCUGAUAGAUGAGUUGUUGGAGAGUCUACGACUAAUCUUAUCAGCAGGUUUAGGGCUCAGAUUUCAGGUUUAGAUGCAGCUUCUGAUCAUUUAACACUUUUAUGGAAACAUCUGAAAACAAAGUUUAGUUUCUAAGGACGUCCACACUGAAGCAACCAUUAAACAGGUUUUCACUAACAUUUAGAGAACUGAAACUAGGGCUGAACAAUUAGAAAUGUCUCCGUUUGAUAGAACUGGUGCCUCUAAAAAGCUAAAUAUGUCAGAUUGAAUCAUUUUAGCAGCAGAACCGGUUAGGGUUAGGAUUAAAUGAAUGUUGAAUGAAUGUGGAUGGAAACCAUUUUCAGAUGAGUUUAUCCAAAAACACCGACUGAACGUUUUGCUUUUGUUUUUUUUUUGUUUUUAUGAGUUACCACAGUUUCACAGCUGUGAAUUAAUUAAGAGGUAAAAACUGUUCAUUUAGACUGAAUUGACCUAAAUUUGCUUCUGUCAAACAUUUUCAGCUGAAGUUUGUUUAAGAAGACGACAAAUGUGAGAAUUGUGAAUCAGACUAAUCGUAACAGCUCUUUUGCACAAUGUUGUGAACGUAAAAGCUGUUUUACACCUGGACAGGUAAAUGAUCAGGCGUUCUGCCGUGUACUAAUUCAUGAAAACACUCCAAAGAUCAGCUCAGUUAAAAGUCAUGUCGUCAUUUAGAUGAAGUGUCGAUGUUGUUGUUGGAACCUGGAGAGAAGCUGAUAUUUGUUCUUGAAUCAUGUUCUCCUGGAGAAAUUCACCUCUUAAUGUUCUCACAGCAGGUUUUGUUCACUUCAACCAUCCAGCUUUUAGAACGUCUGGAUGUUCUUUAAAACGUCUCUGAUCAAACAACAGUUAAAGUCUGUUUUUAUGUCGCACAAGUUUUAAUUUUGACAACGAUUUAAACCCUUCACUGGGAUUUGUUUAAUUAUCUGAACGUGUUUUUCUGUUUCUGACCUCAGGAUGAUUCUAUUUAUUUGACUGAAGCUGCUUUUUUAUUCCUGCUUUGAUUUUUUUAAACUAAAAAGAAUUUAUUGCUCAUGUGUUUUAUUUGGUUUCUUUUCAUUUGACCUGAACUCGACCACUUCGAGUGGCCGUAUAUAUCAACGAUGUAAAGUGUGAAAAGUUCAUUUUAAAUCCGUUUAAUCACUCAACUUGCUGACGUCGGUGAACUAAACUAAAAUAGCUCAACACUCUGGGAAAUGUACUCAACAAAUGUGUUUUUUUUCUGUUGAUAUUUGGUGUUUGAACAGUUUCUGGGUGAUCAGGAGUCAGACCACAAACCACAUUUUCCAGCUGCAGAGAGAACCAGAGCAGCCGUUUCCUUCUUUUUCUGGUGUUUAUAUGAAGCUAAGCUAAGCGGCUUUAGCUGCUGCAUCUAGCUUAGCUUAGUUCAGACGUCAAGUCGGUCUGCAUCUUUUCUUAUCGGUUCCUUUUAUCAGACUUAAGUCCUGAUUACGCCACAACCUUCUGAGAACCGAGGGGGAAAAGAAUCUUUCAAUUUCUGUUUGUGAUUUCCUGCCUUUUUUGAGCUAAAAAAGAAUUUGCAAUUUAAAAUUUUAUAAAAACAUUUUAAUUUUAGAGACAACAGAACAGUUUGACCCCAAAACAAACAAAACAGCGACACUUCAAAAACAAAACAGGAACAAGAAAACAAGAGCAUCAUUCCAUUUUCUAAUGAAACGCAAUGAAAUGGCAAUAGUUUAAAAAAUGAAGAGGUUGAAUGAAACCUUCUAAUAAACAACUAUUUAUUGAUUACAUUAUUUACUUUACAUUCACUGUGUUUGUUUUACACAAAGAAAUGUUCUGAAUGUAAACAAAGAACUAGCAUGCUAGUUAGCUGCUAGUUAACUGAACACAAGAAAACAAGAAAAUAUAUGAUUAGCAUCAGUAAAGCAACGAUGUCUUCAUUUCUGACUGAACUUCUCUGUUUUCCUGUCAUUUAGCUGCCGUCUCCAUUUAGUGUCCGUAUAAAACAAAGUUCCCGUCAUCCCCCCGAUCCUCAGGCACCAUUAGAAAGAUCAGGAUGUCCUCCAUUAAACACGUCAGGAUUUAGUCCGGUAGCUCCAAGGAGUCCAGAUAUCCUCAGAUUAUCAUUCAAAAACAAAUGUCCAGUCCAGAGGACAUCAAUGUUCUCAGGAGGAUACAGUAAGCCGACUCCAAUAAAAUAUUAACUCUGCAGAUUUGUGGGUGAAACUUCCCAGAAUUAAACCUGACUUGAAAAAGACGCUACCAGAAGAUCUCAGUUUGAUGGUCUACCACAUGAAGGAGUCACAGUUUAUUUCUCUGGUUGACGGUGAGUUCUGUCAGAUGAAAGCUCCAGAAAAGUCAACAAAGUCCAGACUGUUCUGGUAAAACAGCAGCGUUGCUUCGGUUCGUUGUAAAUUUGUGUCUCUAAAAAGCCAAACCGUUCUGCGGUCGUUGUAGAAGACAGACUGCUGGUUUUAUUAAAACUACAGAAACUGGUCUUUCUGCUAGAUGUUGGAAGACGUUUUAUUGUUCGUUUUGUAGUUUCCAUCUAGGAUUCUUUGGCUUUAAACACCUACUUUCCCUCUGAUAUUUCACCUUUUGUGUUAUUUUUCCUGCCUGAAGCCCCGUUUCUCUGUCUCAUGCCAAACAAAACUAACGUUUAAACUGAUCAAAUGCAGACGACAUCCGUCCUCUCCGGUAACUUCAUUCCUCCUGAUCGCCACAUUAAGAACCUGUUUAUUCGGUUGAUUGUUCAGCUGCAAUAUUCUACUUUUGUCAUUUAAAGGCCAAAGUUUUCCAUGUUUCAGCUGAUAUCCAUCAGAAAUGUUGUCAUGUUCAAAUACUCUGAGUGGAACUUGUUAUUAACUGCAUCUGGGAAAAAAAUGAGAAUAUUUUUGUACAUUUUCUGAUAAUUUGCACUUUGGUGUUUGCUCUGCUUGUUUCAUUUCUUUAUUCGAUGAAUUUCUACACUGGAGGUUGAAAGUAGAGGAAACUACUUUUGUUUCUGUGACAUGAAUGAGUUUGGCUUUCUAUAAAUUCACUGUUUACUCAAAUAAAAUAUAUGCUGUGA